CUGAAUAAAUAGGGGCACAUCGCGGCGCGACCUCAUUGUCAGGGUUUGUGUUUAACGGUGUUGUGUCGAUCACGUUUGUGUCGUAAAACCAGCAAAUAUGAGGGAGAUUGUGCAUUUACAGGCUGGACAGUGCGGUAACCAGAUUGGUGCCAAGUUCUGGGAAGUCAUUAGUGACGAACAUGGAAUUGACCCUACAGGCAGUUACCAUGGUGACAGUGAUCUUCAGCUGGACAGAAUUAAUGUCUACUACAAUGAAGCAUCGGGUGGAAAAUAUGUUCCACGUGCCGUGCUGGUGGAUUUGGAGCCUGGUACAAUGGACUCUGUGAGAUCAGGACCAUUUGGUCAGAUCUUCAGACCAGACAACUUUGUGUUUGGCCAGAGUGGUGCUGGUAACAAUUGGGCUAAGGGCCACUACACAGAAGGUGCCGAGCUGGUGGACUCCGUUUUGGAUGUUGUCCGCAAAGAGGCAGAGAGCUGUGACUGUCUUCAGGGCUUCCAGCUCACUCAUUCGUUGGGUGGCGGCACAGGUUCCGGUAUGGGAACCCUCCUCAUCAGCAAAAUCCGUGAGGAGUACCCCGACCGUAUCAUGAACACCUUCAGCGUGGUGCCCUCCCCUAAAGUCUCCGAUACAGUCGUAGAGCCCUACAACGCCACACUGUCUGUCCAUCAACUGGUGGAGAACACAGACGAGACAUACUGCAUCGAUAACGAAGCCCUGUAUGACAUCUGCUUCCGCACACUUAAACUUACAACACCCACAUACGGUGACCUCAACCACCUUGUCUCUGCCACCAUGAGCGGAGUCACGACCUGCUUGAGGUUCCCUGGCCAGUUGAACGCAGAUCUUCGUAAACUGGCUGUCAACAUGGUCCCUUUCCCCCGUCUGCACUUCUUCAUGCCCGGCUUCGCUCCUCUGACCAGCAGGGGCAGCCAGCAGUACCGUGCCCUGACUGUUCCCGAGCUCACUCAGCAGAUGUUUGACGCCAAGAACAUGAUGGCGGCCUGCGACCCCCGUCACGGCCGCUACCUGACCGUCGCCGCCGUGUUCCGUGGCCGCAUGUCCAUGAAGGAGGUGGACGAGCAGAUGCUCAACGUUCAGAACAAGAACAGCAGUUACUUCGUCGAAUGGAUCCCCAACAACGUCAAGACCGCAGUCUGCGACAUUCCACCCCGUGGCCUCAAGAUGGCCGCCACCUUCAUCGGCAACAGCACGGCCAUCCAGGAGCUGUUCAAGCGAAUCUCAGAGCAGUUCACUGCUAUGUUCAGGCGUAAAGCUUUCUUGCAUUGGUAUACGGGAGAAGGUAUGGAUGAGAUGGAAUUCACAGAGGCCGAGAGCAACAUGAACGACCUGGUGUCCGAGUACCAGCAGUACCAGGAUGCCACUGCUGAGGAGGAAGGAGAGUUUGAGGAGGAGGGCGAAGAAGACCUUGCCUAAAUUAACCAUUCAUGUUUUUUUUUCCUGUUUCAAAACUUUUUUGUCCCUUAUUUUCUUACUGCGUUUUCUGUUCUUUGCGACCUUCAAUUGCAACCUUCACUUUUUCACUUUAAUAAAGCAGAUUAAAUUGA